CGGUAUAAGAGCGGGAUAAGCAUGGAUUGUUUUUCUAUCAACGUGUCGACUCUUCACUCCCUGACCAGAGACAGUGGACCCAUGCCCAAAAUGUGGCGUGGACUAGACAGAGAGUAAAGGAGAGUGGGGAGAAAACCCCAGAAACACCCGGCGAACACGCGCGCGCGCGCGCACGCACAAAAACACAGCACUGCAGCUCUCAGGUCGGGGCAGAAACCUUAACUGCUGCCCGCAGAGAAGAGCGCUGUCCCUCCGCUGUGGUGCUGAACCUUGCGGAUGCUGACGCAGGGCUGAGAUCCAAAGGGAGACGAGAGGUUUUAGAAGAGCCGCAGAAAACUUUGUGUGUAUGGAUUUAGAAGAAACAAGCUGCAGCGCUGAGCAGAAGUGAUGGCCAGACCCCCCUCCAGUCUGACAGGCUUCAGUCCGGCGGUGUGAGCACAGCGGCGGAACCCAGCGGAGGACAGGGACGGAGGCUUUCCAUCUGUGAGUGGCGGUUGAUGGUUCGAUGCGCGUGGACUGGAGCGCGUCCAGCUCCAUGUCCGAUGUCAGGCUCCUGGGGAACACGCGGACCUGCAUGGCACGCAGACUGAUACUCGGUGCACCUCUGGGUGCUCUGGACUUCAGCGAGGUGAAUGUUGAUGACACCGUUGAAAUGCUACCAAAAUCAAGAAGAGCUCUUACCAUUCAAGAGAUUGCUGCUCUAGCUCGAUCUUCUCUGCAUGGUAUUUCACAGGUGGUCAAGGACCAUGUGACGAAGCCUACAGCCAUGGCGCAGGGCAGAGUAGCCCAUCUGAUAGAGUGGAAGGGAUGGUGCAAGCCCAUAGACACUCCGGCAGCUCUGGAGUCAGACUUCAACUCUUAUUCUGAUCUCACUGAGGGAGAGCAAGAGGCACGCUUUGCUGCUGGUGUGGCAGAGCAGUUUGCCAUCGCCGAGGCUAAGCUGAGGGCCUGGUCCUCUGUGGACGGCGAUGAGUCCAAUGAUGACUCAUAUGAUGAAGACUUUCUGCCUGCCAGUGAACCCACCACACAGAGCACAGAACUGUCAUCUUAUCCGCCGUACUUGAAGGACCUGAUCCACAGCCAGCUUUGCCAGCACCUGGGCAUGCAAAGGCCCUGUUCUGAGAGCAGAGGAGGUAUCAGCGAGGGGGGUGGCAGCAGAGAGCCCUCCUCCACGGCGGGCUCUCCGGACACGCUCUGCUCCAGCCUCUGCAGCCUCGAUGAGCAGCACCCGCUGCUCCGCGAUCUGAGGACUCAUCGUGGUAAUCACGCCCAAAACAACGCAGCUGAACUUGCUGCAAAGAUUCUGUCUGCGCUGCACGGAGGGGAGGAGCUGCUGGCCCGACUUCAGAGGGUGGGACAUAGUGGGCCUGGUGGGGGAGACUGUGGCUUCCACAGCUUGAGUGGGGGCGGCCGGGGCAGCAGGUCCUACGGAGGUCAGGAUUCUCCUUGCUACUCCAUGUCUUACUCUGAAACGUAUCUGUCACCUGGUGAGGAUGAUGACACCCCCUGCAAGGACUAUGAAGGCACUGUGUGCCAGAAGGAGGUGGAUGGCCAGGGGGUGGAUUACCCUCCUGACUACAACCCACACAGGAGAGUAUCCGAUGUGGCCUCCUCAGGGGUUGUUUCCCUUGACGAGGAAGAGGAAGAGGAGGAACUGGAGGACAGAGCAGAAGAGCCGAACAACCAAUGACUCCUUUUUUUCUCAUUUCAGUAUUUGGGGAGGGGCUUCUUCAUUGUCAGUGACAACUUCCCCUCUUCGUCAUGGUGUCUGAACAGUUUGAACCUUUUGAAUGAUGCGUAAAUCAACUGUCUUUGCCUUACACUCACAGCAUCUCAGCUCUCCUCUCCAUCCGUUAAGUGCUUUGUCUCCAUUCCACGUAUUAACACUUUUUGUUUUGAAGGCGUCCAAACAAUCCUUUUUCAUCAGUGCGAGAACAGUGAGAGCUGGACUAGGCGCGGUCAGUGACUAACUCUCGGGUAUGACGCCCACAGUUUUUCGGCUACGUCUUCUUCGGUGCAGUGAAAGGACUCUGCUCCAGGCAGACGGAUCGACCGAGAAUCCAAACCUCUGACUUAUAUCUGCAUGUUUUUUGCAAGUGCUGAAAUCAAUGGGCUGACCUGGGCUCGAGCACGUUUUUGUAAUCUCAGCUGUGCUGUAUCACCCCUGCCCAUCUCUCCCUCUCUCGUGAGUGAGCAGGCUGACACUGCAUCCUGGCACCUGUCCUCACCCCAUCCCUCAUCUCCUAACCUCUUUCCCCCCAUCCUUUGCAAGAGAGUAAAUAGCAUUGUUCUGGGCAUGGCUUGCUGAGUAUGCCAAACUAUUUAACCCUGUCACUGUCAAUUAUGAGCAAAUGCUGGAAUGUCUUCAAAGUGACAGGAAAUGGUAUGUAUUUUAAAAAAUAAUCAUGUGUUCCAAAUGAUAUGACAGAAAUGAUAUGCUUUUGAUGUACUAGUUUUCUAUCAGUCAUGUUGUUGUUCAUGUCAUCAUCAUGAUGGACAGCUGGCAUAUUGAUGAACAGCCGCUCAGUGUUCCCCGGUGUUUUCUGUGGAGGAAACCUGAACUUUGCUCUUAAAAAAUAAAAACUCGCAGCAGGGACACAGGAAACACAAAGAGAGAGAGUUCCUGAAGCGACGCCUCAACGACGGAUGUUUGGCAACAAGCGACAGAAACCUAUUUUCCUGUGCAGAGAUGGCUUGCAUUUGGAGAUUUUUCUAUAUUUUUGUAUGCGUUGUCUUGCUUUGAUCUCCUUGCCUAUGCGGCGUGCCAGUGUAUGUGGUCUUUGCACGAAGCUAAUGUGGCUGUAGAUUUCUCCUGUUCUUUGUUAUCACUGUGUGAUAUAGUCUACUGGGAAAAAAAAAACAAUACAAAUGUGAAAUUUUACUUUUUUUUCAAAAGAGGAUACUGUGAUACGGUUUUUUGCCAUUUAUCAUGAUCCUCAUGAAGAGCUCGUUUUUUUGUUUAUUUAAAAACUUCUAAAUACUCAUCUUUUCUUCUCAUGUUGACUCUUGAAAAGCUUUGCCUUUUUAUUCUGUACUCUCCCUUUCUAUAAUGCUUGCAAAAAGGCAUGUAAUGUGACACGUUAAGAGCCUACUUAGUCCUCUCCAUGUUGAUGUACCUGAGAGAAAGUGUCUUUCAUACAACUCAGGAAAUCCCUUUGAACCAGAGCAUGGAUGCAUUCAUUCCCACAUGCACAUAGGCAUGGGCUGAUUGAUGGUACCAAAAAGUUACACUUUCAAAACAGCUAAGAGUUUCUAAACUUCUCCUAAAGUUUAAAAUGAGUUACCAAGCUACACUUUCAAAGUUGGCUUAGUUUCCCUUUAUAUCUUCCCCAGAGAGCAACAAAGGUUGAAGAUAAACGUAGACCUCAUUUAGACAUUUCAAGUGUAUAAAUAGCCCUGAUUUAAUAUAUUUCAUCUAGGUUUAGACUAAGGAAACCAGCCUAAUUUAAAGGUACUCUAAGCUUAAAAUUUGAAUAAAAAAUCUGUGAGGUCCACAACAAAAAUCUAAUAAAUCAUAUUAAAAUGCCAAAAAAAACAUUCAGCGACAUUCAUUUGCUUCAAUCCUUAUAAAAGUUAUCCAUUUAUAAACUGAGAUUUUGGAGUAAUAAUGUGCAACAAUGUGAUUUGAGUUGCUGGUUCAAAUCCCGCUCCCUCUGUUUCAGUCAUUGUGUUGUUAGUCAGGAAACUUUCCUCACCUUGCCCACUUGUGGUUGUCAGAAGACCCAAUGGUAGCUAUGGCUACAAUGUAGCUUACCACCAUAAAGUGCUUCAGAGUCCUUGAUAAAACGUCAUACAAAUGAACAUCUUAUUAGAAUUUAGUAUUUAGACCAGAUACUAACAGCUUAGAUUUUUUAUGGACUAUUUAGACACUACAUUGAUUUCUAAAAUAGAGAUACUCUCUGGGAUGGGUUAAAGUCCGUUAUUAAAGUACUUUGAGAUAGUAUUUCUCAAACCGAGUAAAAAUUUCGAAAGCUAAUUUUGUUUGUUUAGCAUUUUUGUUAACUUUGAAAACAUUUAGUACCCUUAGCUUCCCCUUUGUAAAUCUUUCCGGAUAAAUCAUGAAGUGCUAAUUUAUUUGGCUGUUCUGUAAACUUUCAGUUGAAUAAAUCCGAGUUUUGGUUAUCGACUGUUACAAAUUCUUCAAGUAGUUAAUGAUUAUAUUCAUAUUCUUAUUUUGAAGUGGGUGAAGACUGUUUACGUAGCUGUUCCAUAUUCCUCCACCUGUGAUGACAUCUAUUCUGUACCUGGAGUGAAUCGCUGGAGAACUCCAGUCUGUAGCUUUACAGUAAACUCAUGUCCUCCCUAUUUUCUGACCGAAGUCCUGCUGUGGUCAAUCAGCAACAGAAUUAGCAAUACUCAGCAACUAUAAAGCAGAAACCAGGAGUGAAAGGUCUGAAUCAUUUCAGACCAAAAACUCUGAGAGUCAAAUUUGUUGAGCCUCAAAAUGGUCAAUAAAUUUCACCAUUUUGAGGGCAAUACAUUGUAACACAUGAUAUUUCAUUGACACAUGAUGGUAUCAAUAUGGUUGAAUUUAGUGCUCUAGCACAUCAUGUUAAAUGCUACAAUAAUAUAGUGAGUUGGCAGAACUAAUAUUUAUGAUUAGAGCUAUAGGGUCAAUGCAACUAAUUUUAAUUAGUGCUACCCACCAAUGAUGGCAUGAAAACAUAAUUUAACCUAAUUUAAAAUUUGAUAAAUGUUUGUGCUCUUGUAUCAAAAUGAAGUAGUAACUAUACUAACAUUGUUAUUUUACCAUAGGUAGGAAUAGAUUGUUGCUUUUUUAAAUUUAAAUCACAGUAGUUCAAUCUUGCUAUAUUUGUAUAAAUCCUUUGUUUUGACAUCAUGACACUGUGAAACCAAGGUUAUCAUUUGAGAACCUGCUACCGGCCCAUGCCUAAAUGUACCAGCACCACUCCUCUUUCACUCUCACCCUGCAUGUGUGCACAUGUUCGAGAGAAACCCUGGAGUGAGUUGUCAUUUUCUACAGUACAACAUAAUUCAAGCACAGACUUGAUCCCCACUUCUAUGCUUUUAGUUCGAAGAAGCCUCAAUGUGUGUGUUUGUAUUUUGAGAUUUUGUGAAAUUGUGUGUCCGACUGUGUCUCGUAAGAUGUCAGCAAGCGCUCCCAGCUUGCACAGUCAAUUAAUUCCAAAUCCCCUCCAAUGCAGUGAUUCCCUUUAAAACAGUGUUUUGGGGUAGGUCAUCUCCUGUUUGAGGCUUAACUUUUUCUGGUUUCAGUGGGUUAAAUUACAACUAAGGUUUGACAUUGCCUCAUUUACAGAAAACAGCAAAUGCUAGUAUUAAGAGUUAGGCAAAACCGUGAAAACUCAGGGGGAACCAUUGAAGCUGUGCCUUUCAUACAUCACCUUUGACCUCUCAAACUGUAUGACUAUCCUCACAUACUCCUUAGUGUCUCUAAGACCACAGUUCAACUCCCAUCCUCUCAAACAGGGAUCACAAUUGACAGAGGCAUCAGAAAAUCCUGUUGUAUCUCCUGCAGAGAGCUUGCAGUGGGCCGAUCUGCGUCACUGUCCUUUUGCUUGACAUUAAAAGCCGGGCAACGCUGGCGAAGCGAGGUCGCGCUUUUGUCCAAGCGCGAUGACGCGAUCGUCCCAUUGUCUCACAACCUUCCCCCUUUUUCUCCCCUGUUUAUCAGCUCACUCUGAGCAUCUUUUGUGCACGUCUUUUCUCUGCAUGUCUAUCUGAAUGUCCUUGCGGCUUCUCCAAGUAAAGACGGGCACCUUGGACUUUAUCUGUUUCUCACAUCUACAUGUAUGUGCUAUGAAUCUCAUACUUCUGAGAACUGUGACUGUUCAAUCAUCAACAAGAGAACAGUUUGUCCUCACAUGGAUAGAAGCAGAAGAUGUGCCGCUGAUACACCAGACAGCCUGAUGAAUGUGUUUCCUCUCCAUCCUUCCAUCACCAUCCUGUCAUUUUCCCUUCUUCCAUUCCGCCUUUCUUUGUUUCUGUCCUUUGCUCCUGCUCUUUUUUUGUCUGUCAAUUGCUCCUUCCUUCCCCACAGGGAGGUUUAUUACGUAAAUAGAUGGGCGUCUUAGUGCUACCUUUGCCGAAAGGCAAUUAGCCUGCAAUUACAAAAACGACUGAACUUCAGGAGACGUGUAUCUCUCUCUCCUUUCUAUUGUUUUUUGUUCUCCUUUUUCCCCUUCAAUCCAUCUGCUCUCUCCUCUCCCUGCUUUCUCCCCAGACCCUCGUCACCAGCACAAGUUUCUAAGCGGCAGCUUUUGAGGUCAGCUGUCCCAGAAAACUCCACACCAACUUUUGUUUUCGUACUUGUCUCUGUAUAAAAAGUGUUUGAGAUGUUGUGGCCCAGAACAACAGGAAACCCUUGAUUCCCUUCAUUGAGACACGUCUUUCUAUCCUAACAUAUUCCAUCUUGUUUGUGAGAGUGUCCCUGGGAAAUUAGUUUUAGCUUGUUGCUUCAGGCAAGCAGUGACAUUGGAUACUUAGAGAGAAGUGCUCCAGAUUCACUAUAUGUGUGACUGUGUGUGUAUGACAUCAGCUGAGGGAACCAGUGCUAUAAAAAGACAUCAAAACAUCUGUCAGACAGUGAGAAGCAGGAGGCCGGCAUAAAUAUUCACAUGGUGGUAGUGCCCCCAUCACCUUGUAACCUACUUACCAUUUCAGAACAAAGCAGAUGGGCCAGGGGACCGCUCUCCUCACACCCUAUCAGCGAUUAUUGGGUCAAAACUGGCCAACACAAUCAGGAGUGAGUAAAAAGUGCAACUCUAAGUGAAUGAGGGAUAUACAUGGUCUGUGUUUGACCCACAUCAGGCUGAAAUGUACAAAAAUAAGACUUACAGUAGAGAAGGCCAAGAGAGUUCAGAGAGCAAAGCCAUACUAGAGUCCCCUAACAGAGAGGGUAAGGUGGGCACUACCCAAAUGGAAAGAUGACCUUAGAUGAUUGUAGUUUUCCACACUACAAGGGAAUCAUUUCACCAUCUGCAUCAGUCAAACACAUCUAGUUACUCCCCACCUCCAUCCAAAUGUCAGUCUCUUUUCUUCUUUCUUUUAAUACCUUUCUUCCUUUUUUGGCUGAAUGUAAUUAUUCAAAUAUAGCCACCUUGGAUUGAAAAAUAAAUAUAUUUGUUUGC